AAAUUUACAACUGACUUCUUGUGAUUCAGUACCAAACAUUUCGAGACAAAGUCAAGUUGAAAGAAACUUUCAAUAAUGAAGAGCAUUAUUUUAGUUUUAGCAAUAACAACAGCCGCUUCAUCUCUGCCGAUUGAUAUAAUUCAAGAUGAAAAUGAUCAAGAAUAUUUGGUGAAUCCACUCGAAAGACAAAAAAGAGACUUGACAUGGGGUGCAAAUCAAAAUGGUUAUUCGUUAGGACAAAAAGGUACGCUUUGGAGUAACGAUCAUCACCAAGUCGAUGGUGAAUACGGUGCAUCGAAGGCUUGGAAUUCACACGGGCUUAAACCUGACUCGUAUAGAGGCGAAUUGGAUUACUCCCAUAAACCUUCGGGCUCCACAGCUUUUGUUGCUGCUAAUAGAAUUCCAGGCUAUGGCACUGAUGGAGCUGCUGGAUUGAAAUACAGCAUAGCUCAAGGAAAAAAUUAUAAUGUAGAUCUAACAGGUCAAUACACACGGCAUUAUGGAGGACCUGGUGGUACAGGUAAGCCCGAAGGGCAACUGCUUUUAACAGGGGAAUACAGAUUUCCAUAAUGAUAGAUUCUUAAUUUAAUAUUUUUGUUUGUUUAUUAAAUAUUAAAAAUAAUAUAUAAAAUGUAGUGUUUCAUUCAAUUGAGUAUCUAACGAUAAAUUAUGAGAAAAAAUCCUGAUUGUUACCUCCAUCUGUGGUAUUUUAUAACUUACAAUUUUUUUCUUGGAGAUUUGAAUU